AUGAGGGAUAUUUACACAGCUUCGCCUGGGCUUCCUCAGGAUUUAUCAUGUCGUAAACAAUUCGUAUUAAAAAAUGAAUCCCAAAAAUUACCGGCUAUUCAGGAAGAUUCAGAAGCAUGUUUACCUCCAAUUGCUACAUUUAGCCAUCAUCGACAAAACCGUACUGGUCCUUGUUCCUCCUACGUUGGUAAGUCAGUGAAAUCGGUUGGUCGAAAGCAUCAAAAGCAAUCAAGAUCUAGACGUGCUGAGAAUAAACUUUACUGCAAUUGGCCACAAUGUCCGCGAUUCCUUCUAAAGCAGCCUUUUAAACAAAUGACUCAUUUGAAACGUCAUUUACUUUUACAUAAAAAUCAUUUAAAUCUAUCGUGUUCACAGUGUGGAAAACGCUUUAGUUCGAAAGAAAAUCUUAAAAGGCAUACAAAUGUACAUUCAGGUUUAAAACCAUAUAUGUGUUCAAUUUGUCAUCAAGCGUACUCUAGAACAUCAGAAAGAUCCAGGUGUAUGAAGAAGCAUCAUUUUGAAGAUAAAUAUUUAUCUGAACAGGAUAAACAAUGUUUGUGUAAAGAUGUUUAUAAUGAUUGGGAUUCUUCUGGUUUAUCUGCUUUACAAAUCGAAGAUAAAAUUAAUCAAUCUCGUCCAAGACCAUAUAUCUGUCAAAUAUGUAAUGAUCAUAGAGCAUAUACAGAUCCAAGUUCACUUAGAAAACAUAUGCGGUCUUAUCAUGCACACUUGAAAGAUGAAAAAUCUAUAACUAAUAAUGAUUCUACCAAUGAAUCUGUUAUGUCUAAAUCAAAAUUAUCUAAAACUCUUCCAUGUGAAGAACCUAUAAGUCUUGUACUCGCUAAUUCAACCACUGAUAUAGACGCAGUUGAUCCAUCUCAUUUGUCAUUUGAUAAUUCAUUCACUCCAGAAUCUAAAUCAUUAAUACUUACAAGUGAAUCAGUUUGUCCUAUGAUUAUUACUCCAUAUAAUGUUUUAACAACGUCUAUGACAUCAUCAGAAAUACCUGUUACUACUAAUGUUAUGAUUUCUUUUAAUAAUAAUAAUAAUAAUAAUAAUAAUAAUAAUAAUAAUAAUAAUAAUAGUAAUAAUAAUAAUAAUAAUGUUAUCACGGAAUCAAAUAUUUCAACAAAUAUUGUUACUACACCUAGGUAUCAUUUAUUAUUAACGUCAGAUUCUGUUGUAUCUUCAACAAUGAUGACGGUGAUUUCAAUGACAUCAACCACUACCACUAGUACUGCUACUACUACAUUAAGAAAUGAAUAUGAUAGCGAUGUUGCUGUGGAUUUAUGUAAUUCAGCUUUAUGCCUACAAGUUUAUUCCGAUAAAACAUAUACCCCUGUAUCUUCGUCGGAAUUAGGAAAAGUUGAUUCAUUAACUCUACCUUUAUCAACAGUGAAUUCAUCUAACAGCAUUAUACCACAAUAUAUUACAGAAACUAAUCGAAUUAUUGACAAUGGUCUUUCAUCUAAAAAUUUAUUUUAUUCAAAUUCUGGUCUUGAUCUUACUGAUACACAUUAUUUUACAUUGACAGGGGCUACUGAAGCGAUAGAUUUAUCACUUGAUCCCUCUGUAGAUAUAAUAACUGUAAAUCCAAUCGAUUUAAGUUCCUCACAACAUUGUACAACAUUGUUUUUUGAAUCGUCAAAUGAAUGUACCGAUAAUACAUUCUUUACAACACAUACAAUAUGGGAUCCUGAACCAGGUUUCAGUUUUACCGACCUCUUACUUACUAAUAAUGAUGAAGAAUGCGAAACGGAAUUCCCUGAAGUUAUAAUUUACCCUGAAAAUGCUGUUUAUCGUUCAAACGAAACGUUAACUUCUUUUACUACAACUAGCCACAAUGAUACUACUAACAAGACCGUAAUCAGUAGUGAACUGAAAAUACCAGAUACACAUAUCUCAUCAAUGAAUAACUGUUAUAUUCCAUCAGAUACACUAACGACGACAAUAGAAACAACCUUAACUGGAGGAGUCGGUGGAGAAGGAGGUUAUAACAUACAACCACCACCUUUAGACUUACGCUUAAUACAGUCCAAUAAUUUUUAUUCAUAAAAAUUAUCUUUUGUUUUAGAAGAAAAUGUACAUUAUCUCUUGUGAAUAUUGUUCAUAUUUGCAUACACUCUAGUAUUUCUUUUUAUCUUCCCCAUUUUAUCUAUUCAUUUCACAGCGUUUUGUCUUCAAAAUGUAGUCUAUUCAUAUGUCGUAUUGUAUAUAUGCUAACAGAUUUCUAUUAUUUUCUUUCCUGGU